AUGGACCCCAAUCGCGACGCGCAGGACGACCCUGCUCCUGCUCAGCGCAGACCUCGCGCACCAACAAUUACCAUUGACACCACGGCCGCGACCUCGACUCCCGAUGUGCCUCACGACGCGCGAGCGAAUCUCGGUGCCAGUCCCACCUCCCCUCAAGAAGAUGCUAUCAGUCCUUCCACUGUUGUCGACCCGGCCGCUGCGCAAUGGAUCGCUUCGCAGAACAUGCUCGCCGCCCAGGACCCCUAUGCCCGCCCCGAGCUCCGUGCCGAGACCUCCUUCGACAGCAGAGAUAGCCGGCCCCGGAGCCCACACAACGUUUCGAGCCCCAUCACUGCCAGAGGCAACGAUCGCGCUUUCCUCUCCGUGCCGACGACCGCCCGUUCACGACAAAACUCGGUCGACGACGACGUGGAGACCUCUCGGUCUUUCGUCUCCUCGCAAGGCGACACUCUCGCCGUGUCGGGCUCGAACGCCGAAAAGACUGGCUUCCACAGCCACCACCUCUCCAACGACAAGCUGAUGAAGGACGACACUGCGCUGCAGCCAGACCAAGGGAAGGAGAGCGAUUUCCAAGUCGACAACAACCCCUUUGCGUUCAGUCCUGGUCAACUGAAUAAGCUUCUCAACCCCAAGAGCCUGGCCGCCUUCUACCAAAUUGGAGGCUUGGCCGGCCUCGAAAAGGGUGUCCAGAGCGAUCGGAAAGCAGGUCUCAGUAUCGAAGAGAACAACGUCCCUCAGCACGUCACGUAUGAGCAGGCCACGAGCCACCUGGCACUCAAGUCAGAUGGCCGUCACAAGGAGGAGGAUUCUGCGGCCCCUGCGCGUCCUCAUCCCGCAGCGGGCGGGGACGGCAGCUUUGUCGACAGGAAGCGAGUUUUCAAGGACAACCGCCUUCCGGAGAAGAAGGGCAAGAGUCUCUUGCAGCUCAUGUGGAUCACAUACCAAGACAAGGUCCUGAUGCUUCUGACUGCUGCUGCUGUCGUCUCCCUCGCCAUCGGCAUUUACCAAUCGGUGGGUGGUGAACACAAAGAGGGCGAGUCCAGGGUGGAGUGGGUGGAGGGCGUCGCCAUUGUGGCUGCCAUUGUCAUCGUUGUUGUUGUUGGGUCCUUGAACGACUAUUCCAAGGAGCGACAGUUUGCCAAGCUCAACAAGAAGAAGCAAGACCGCGAUGUCAAGGUUGUUCGCUCCGGAAGGAUCAUGGAGAUAUCCGUAUACGACAUUUUGGUGGGCGACGUCGUUCACCUGGAACCAGGUGACUUGGUUCCAGUCGAUGGCCUGCUCAUUGAGGGCUUCAACGUCAAAUGCGACGAAUCUCAGGCGACGGGAGAGUCCGACAUCAUCAAGAAGAAGGCGGCGGCUGACGUAUUUGCCGCCAUUGAGAACCACGAAGAUGUCAAGAAGAUGGACCCCUUCAUCCUCUCUGGCGCACGUGUCAUGGAAGGUCGCCCUGGAAGCUCAGGCAGUGCUCUCGGCAGCUCUGCCGUCGAGCAGGGCGGUGACAUCCAGAUUCCCGAAUUCGUCAAGAUGCUGGAACCCGAGGUCAAGGAGAUCCUUCUCAAGUCGAUUGUCCUGAACUCGACUGCCUUUGAGGGCGAGGUCGAUGGCGAGAAGACAUUCAUCGGUUCCAAGACGGAAAGUGCCCUGCUCCUGCUGGCCCAGGCUCACCUCGGCAUGGGUCCGGUCAGCGAGGAGCGCGCCAACGCUCACACCCUUCAGCUUAUUCCCUUUGACUCCGGCCGCAAAUGCAUGGGCAUUGUUAUCCAACUCCCGAGUGGUGGCGCUCGACUGCUUGUCAAGGGUGCCUCCGAGAUUGUCGUUGCCCAGUGCAGCGAGCUUUUCGGACAACCGUCGACCGAUGCCUCGCUUGUGUCCAUGACUGUCGACAACCACAAGAUGGUGAACGGCCUCAUUGAGAGCUACGCCUCGCGCUCCCUUCGUACGAUUGGCCUUGCGUACAAAGACUUUCCCCAAUGGCCCCCGCGAACCGCCCAUCGCGGUGACGCCGACAAGAACGAGAUUCAUUUUGAGGACCUAUUCCGGAACAUGGUCUUCGUCGGCAUGGUAGGCAUUCAGGACCCUCUACGUGAAGGCGUCCCCGAGGCUGUCCGCACGUGCCAGGGCGCUGGUGUCUGCGUCCGCAUGGUUACCGGAGACAACAAGAUCACUGCUCAGGCCAUCGCCAAGGAGUGCGGCAUUCUGCAGCCCCACAGUGUUGUGAUGGAGGGACCUGAAUUCCGCAACCUGACCAAGUACGAACAAAUGGAGAUUCUGCCUCGACUACACGUUCUCGCUCGUUCAAGCCCCGAGGACAAGCGCGUCCUGGUUAAGCGCCUGAAAGAACAGGGCGAGAUUGUCGCCGUCACAGGUGAUGGCACGAACGAUGCGCCAGCUCUCAAGACAGCAGAUGUCGGCUUCUCCAUGGGCAUCGCGGGCACCGAAGUGGCCAAGGAGGCUUCCGCAAUCAUUCUCAUGGAUGACAACUUCAACUCGAUUGUCAAGGCUCUCAUGUGGGGACGUGCGGUCAACGACGCGGUGAAACGUUUCCUCCAGUUCCAGCUCACGGUCAACAUUACUGCCGUCGUGCUCACAUUCGUUACGUCUGUCUCCAGCAACGGAGGCGAAGGUGCUGUAUCGGUCCUCACAGCGGUGCAGCUGCUGUGGGUCAAUCUCAUCAUGGACACUCUCGCUGCUCUCGCCUUGGCCACGGACCCGCCUCAGAGGAGCGUUCUCUUGAGGAAGCCCGAGAGACGCAACGCCUCGAUCAUCUCUACGACGAUGUGGAAAAUGAUCAUCGGCCAAGCUAUCUACCAGCUCGCCAUAACAUUCAUGCUCUUCUACGGCUACGAUCAUCUGGACCUUGUGAAGAAUGAGAUGAACCUGUCUCCAGAGAGGUUUGAAGCUCAGGUCCGCACUCUCGUGUUCAACACGUUUGUGUGGAUGCAAAUCUUCAACCAGUGGAACAACCGACGCCUCGAUAAUCGCUUCAACAUCUUUGAAGGUCUUACGCAAAAUUACUUUUUCGUUGCUAUCAGCUCGAUUAUGAUCGGCGGACAGAUUUUGAUCAUCUUUGUGGGUGGUGCUGCUUUGUCAAUUGCUCCUGAUAAGCAGACGGCCCUGAUGUGGGGCAUCGCCAUUGUCCUCGGGUUCCUCUCCAUUCCCUUCGGUAUCGUCAUCCGUCUCAUCCCCGACGAGUUUGUCGAGCGCCUCAUCCCGGACUACCUCAAACGCAAGUCCAAGGAGAGCGGGCCCAAGCUCACGGUGGAUGACGAGGAGUUUGGCCAGUACCCAGAAGCGCUGGCGGACGUGCGGGACGAACUGACGUUCCUCAAGCGUAUGAAGGGCGGACGCUUGAACAACCUCAAGUUUGCGGUUCAGCACCCUCGCGAGACGUUUGUGACGUACUCGAGAAGCCCAACGCACUCGCGGUCCAACUCGGUCAUCAACCCGGCGCCGCCCGCCACGCCACCCCGACAGGCCAGCAUCAGCGAGGCACCCCCGGCACCGACGCCCGAGUCACGUAGGCGCUCGCGAAGCAACCGUAGCAGGUCCAACUCGGCGCUCGGCGCGCCGACUGUCAUGGCUGGCCUCAUUGCCGCCGGUGUGGCAGCCAACUGGACGCCCAACGACCCCAGGAGGAACCGCUCGGACGCGGGCCUGGCGGGCGAGAGCAGAGAGGGCAUCUCGCGGCAGAACUCGACGUCGGGACACGUCAGCAUCCAGGAGGAGGGGCACGAAGUGGAGUGCCCAGCGGCAGCGAAGGGACAGACGGAGUCGACGAGCAGCAUGGGCGGCGCACAGCACUAG